AAUGAUGAAUUAAUUGACUGUUAAUGAUUAUUAAAUCAAUCUUGAUAGUAUUUUAGGAAGUGGAAGUUAGGGUUCAAUAUUUAACUGUUUGAAAAAAAGCACAAAUGAAUAAAUUGUAGCUAAAAUAACUAAGGUAAAUUAGAUAAAUGCAAAUACAAUUGACAGAGAAAUUGCUAUUGUUAACUAAAUUAAAAAUAAAUAAAAUGUGUCGAACUUAGUGAAAAUGUAUGAUAUUGUAAUUGUUGAAUAUAAUGGUGGAAAAAUUCUUGUGGAAUUUAUGGAGAAAUGCGAUUCUGAUUUAGGGAAAUUAAUUAAAGAAUAUAAAUCAAAGAAAGAAUCCUUCACUUUUGAUUAAGUUGUAGAUUUUGCAGGCUAAAUAAUCAGAGGAUAUAGUCACCUAAAUGCACUAAAUAUCAUUCAUAGAGAUCUUAAACCAGAAAAUAUCCUAAUUACUAAAAAGAAUGAUAAACUUGAUUUAAAGGUAAUUAAAUUUUUUAUUUAAGAUUACUGAUUUUGGAGUGGGAAAAGUAUUAACAAAUGAUUAUGCUAUCACUAAUACUGGAACACCUAUUUAUUCAGCACCAGAAUUAAGUUGUAGUGAUUAAGUCUAUAAUAGUAAAUCAGAUAUUUUCUCAUUAGGAGUAAUAUUAUAUUAACUUGUAUAUAACAAUGAGAUUCCAUUUAAAAUAGAUGGAAGGAAUAUACAAAAAGUGAAAUUAUCUCUUAAAACUUAACCAAUUAAAUGCUAAUAUAAAUAGGGAUUUGAGGAUUAAUUUUUAGAUUUAAUUGAUAAAAUGCUACUCUAUUCACCAGAUGAGAGGAUUAGUUGGGAUCAAUUAGAAAAUGCACCUUAUUUCAAAAAUUAUUUUCCAGAAAAAUUUCAAUUUCCUUCACAAAAGUAAUAAAAACAAUUACAUUUAUUUGAAUACAUUAUCGCAGUUUACUAUCAAACAUCAAAGAUUAUAUAAAUUAUAGAAAAACUACCAAAAAAUUUUAUAUGGUAAUUUUUGUCAAUAAUCUUGACUAAAUACAUUUUACUUAAUUUUUAGAAUGAACUUAUUCAAAUGAUUUUAUCGAUUAAAAAUAAUAAACAAUAAUUGAAUAAAUCUAUUGUAACAGUCAAUCAACAAUAAGUCGAUUAGAAUGAGAUUAAAUAAGUACUUGAAAAGUAGAAUAUUUUAACAUACCAGUCUGAGAAUGAAAACUAAAUAAUUGUAAAUAUCAUUCUUAAAAUUAGAUAUUGAAGCAGGAGAUUAAAUAAUAGAUAAAUGAUUAAUAAGAUCAUUUUUUUCAAGAUUUUUAUUAAUAACUUAUUUAAUUACCAGAAGAUCAGAGUAUGUUUGAUUUUUGGCAUUUGAAAUUUUAAGUUGUCUAUAAAACCUAUAUUCGAUAGUGGAUAAGUAAAUAUAUGGUUGAAAAAUCAAUUUCUUUAACAGAAGCAUAUCUGUUAGAAAAGUUUUCAUACUUUUUAGAGGAAUAUCCUAAAACUUCUUACAACAAUUUUAAUUAUAAUUAAAUUCACUCAAAAAUUAUUUCAUAAGAUUAAGCCCUAGAGUAUUUAAAGCAAAAACAAUUAAUCUGA